CAGUUGUUGGUAAGUAAGCAAAAUUAUCUUCUUGGUGCUAUUAAUAGUGUCAAGACAAUUACAAGGGAAUAAACUAUAUUAUUAGUGUAAAAUAAUGGAUUAAGAUUUGGAUUAGUAAUAUGUCAGUAAUGGCGUGGAGUGAGUUGGCCAUAUUUAGGAGUCGCCAAUAAGUUCUCAGACACUUUAAAACCAACAAUAAAUGUGAAAUAUUCAAAUUAAUAUUUAAACACAAAUAAAAAUGAGAAAUUGUUUAAGCUAUGUGUGGAUACUGCAAGGUUUUGUUACCAAUUACAUUAAUUUCUACAAUCCUGAUGAUAUUACUAACAUUUUAUUCUCAGGGAUACAUAACUGAGUAUAAAAGACACAGUCAUAACAGUUGGCCCACAGAUGAUAUGACUACCUGGAAUGCACUUUGUUACUGGUUAAAAAAGUCACAUAAGAUCACUAAACAUAAUCUUAAAUCACUGUUUACCACAAAUUUACGUAGUGACUUAUUACUUGAAGUUCAAAAUGUGUUAAUCUAA